GAAUGAUGUUAUAAGCACAAAUAAACUGUUAUUGUUGUUAACCCAUUGAGUGGCAACACUCUCCACUUGAUGAGUAAAAUCAUCUGGCAUUAGAUGGGUUAAGCCAAAAUUGAGCAAGCCCUCUCUAAAGUUCAUGGCAUAUUAUAAAUAUCCUUAUUGCCCUUCCAGAUCCUGAAACACGAAUGGCCUAAAAACUGGCCAACAUUUAUCAGUGAUAUUGUUGGAGCUAGCAAAGCAAACGAAACGAUUUGUGAAAACAACAUGAAAAUUCUGAGAUUACUGAGGUAUGAUGUUAUUAUCACAUAAGAUUAUCACAUUGAUUAUGCAGGGUGUAUAAAAAAAACGCAACCUCGGAAUUUCCUAAGAAAUCCACUUUGCAAUUCUUAAGCAUAAAAGAUUUUAGGCCCCUGGCAAUUGAAAUCGAAUUGCUAAUAGAUCAUAUAUUACUGUUGUUGUUACUGUACUCUUGCAAAAUAUAAACUUAUUAAUUUAAUAAACAUUAUUUAAUUAAAGAAUAGUUUCAUUAAACUUUAUCAUUUGUUUUUAAUUGAUUUUUCCACAACAGCGAGGAAGUGUUUGAUUUCUCCAGUGGGCAGCUAACACAGACAAAAGCAAAACAUCUCAAGGAUUCAAUGUGCAGCGAGUUCUCACAAAUUUUUACACUCUGUCAAUUUGUAAUGGUAUGAAAAAAAACAUUAAAACCAAUCAUAGGAGGAAAAAAUUAGGGGAUGGACAAAAAUUUGCAGCCAAUCAUUAUUUUGGUUGGGUAGUUUGUGCUUAAAAAUCAAGAAAAUUGCACUUAAAAAUUGGGGAGUUCUACAUAAAAAUCUGCCAAAUAAUUAAAGAUAAUAAUAAUUAAUAAAUAAGAAGAAAUCCAAAUAGGAAGAAAUCCACAUAGGAAGAAAUUGAAAAUAGGAAGAAAUCCACUUUUUCAAAGCGUCUUUUAUUAAAUAAUGUUUCGAAAAUUUUUUCAAAAUUGUUAAGUCUGGCAAUUUAUUCAAGAUUGGACAAAUUUUUGUCUGCCCCCUAAUGUAUUCCUCUUGUACGCCUAUGUGACAUAUCAACUAAUCUUUCAAAACAACAGAUGAUGUAUUUUUAUGCAUAUCUCUGCAGACAUGCAGAACUAAUUUGGUUAAUGAAUCACUUACAUCACAGAGUAGAGACAUACAGAGCUGCAACUGACCAUCGUAACACGUACACGUAUGUACCCACUUUUUUCAGGCGACCAGACAAAAAAAGAUCAACUGCGCGUGCUCAGCAAGUAGUGAGUCGUCGUCCAAUCAGAUGCAUGCAUCUAGUAACUUGCCGAGCAUGUGCACAAAAAAAGUGGGUACACUAGUUACAACUCUGUAUGUCUCUCCUCUGUGCUUACAUGCCUGUGACAUCUUUUAUCCCCCAUUACUGUAGUUAAGUGCCUACUUGAUGUACAAUGGCCAUGUUUUUCAAAUUUAAUAGCCGGGUUUUUCAUCAUUUUGGUUAUUUCAGUUUUUUAAAAAUUUAAAAACAUCUUUAGUCUACUGUUACAAUUGCAGCAUUGAAGUCACAGUUUGUGGAAGGUGGAUGCUAUUACAGCUGCAUCAUCAAAGUCACUGUUUACUAAUUUUCACAAUUAUUUGUUGUCAGGAAAAUUCUCAAAAUGUUCCACUGGUUGAAGCAACUUUGCAGACUCUGCUAAGAUUCCUAAACUGGAUUCCACUUGGUUAUAUCUUUGAGACAAAAUUAGUUAGCACAUUAAUAUAUAAGGUAUAUACAAGGUGUUGUGUUUACCCAUUCUGCUUUGCAUUUUAGGAUGAAUUUUCAUUGUCCGUUGUGUGAUACUAUACUUUAGUUAUUUUUUAUUUCUUUUGUAGUUCCUAAAUGUUCCUAUGUUCAGAAAUAUAACUUUGAAAUGCUUGACAGAGAUUGGUAUGACUUGAUUCAUUUCAUUUUAACCCUUUGAGUGGCAAUGUGCACUGAUGCAUCCUACUUUAUUAUUUUACUUUAUGAUUUUACUCAGCAAGGGGAGAGUGCUGCCACUCGAUGGGUUAAUAUUUCUGUCCUGUAUUCUAAUCAAUAAAUUUUCCCAUUAAAAAGAACUUUUGUAAUAUUUUUUCAGCUGGUAUAAGUGCGUCACAGUAUAAUGAGCAGUUUAUACAACUCUACACACUAACAAUGACACAAUUAAAACAGGUAUUACAUCAAAGAAUAUCAUAGAUAAACUACUUUUUCCACCCCCUUGAAGAGUUGAGAGCAGUCAAAGACAUAAGAAGUUAGUGAGGAGUAGUGUUCUGAUUGCAAUUAUUUCUCAUGUUAGAUGCUUCCACUAUCCACAAACAUCAAAGAAGCAUACACAAAUGGCAGAGAUGAUGAACAGAAAUUUAUUCAAAAUUUAAGUUUAUUUUUAUGCAGCUUUUUGAAGGAACAUGGACAGCUUAUAGAAGCUAAGGUACUGUGGAAAUAAAUCCUUUUAUUAGUCAGUUUAUAUAUCAGGUCAACUGCAUUUGCUAAAGUCUUGUAGAAACAUCUGACUCUGAGAUUUGUGUAAUUUAUGAAAUGCAAUGUGAUUGUCUCUUUAGGUUGAUCUUCAUACAACAUUGUUAGAGGUAAGACUGAACAAUUUUUGGUAUCCAAGGAGGCAGAAUUACUUGGGUGUAUGAGGCCGUACAACUCCGGACACUCCCCCUAUAGCAACUAGUGCAUCCCCAAGCUACUAGCACAAUCCUCUAGUAUCCCCUUCCAUAACUCCCCCUCAUGAGCGCAAUCCUUCAGCACAUGUCUCCUUCAGCACGAUUACCCCAAACAAGUCUAGCCUCCCUCUCAGGUGAUUUAAUAAACACAACCCCCCGCUGAUUCCAGUGGCCUCCUUUCCUCCUCUCUAAUUAAUAUUUCAACACGUGCCUCCACAAUAUGACCAUCUAACAACAUCCCCUGCUUCCUGCCAGCACAACUUCCCCCCUCCCCUCUGUCAGCACAUCCUAAACAGAUCCUCAACCCCAGAAGCUCCCUUGUACAUUUUUGUCUCUUGUACAUUUUUGUCUCUUGUAUAUUUGAUAUUUAGUCACUUCACUACCUGGUGUUGAUAUCUGAAGUUGAAGAGAUUGAAAUCUUCAAGAUAUGUUUGGAGUACUGGAACAGUUUAGCUGGAGAUUUAUAUCGAGAAAGUCCUUUCUCAUCAUCUACCAGUCCUUUGCUUAUUGGCACCAUACAACAGCAACAUGUACCUCCUAGGAGACAGAUAUACUUGCAAGUUCUAUCCAAGGUAGAUGGAAGAAAGAAUAAGUAUAAUUUAUGAUUGUGAAGGGAAAAUAUUGCGAAGUUUCCAAAAGAUCAUACUGCACAUUCACUGUUUUGACUCCAGUCCAUGGCUGUGGAAACUAGAGAGACAUGGAAGAUGCAACAGUAUAAUAUACUGAAAUUUAUGUUUUUAAAAAGACCUGAAACGUAAAUAUCAGUAAUAUACAGAUAUUGGUUUCUAACUAUGUGAUACUUUACUUUAGGUUCGGAUAACAAUGAUAUCAAGAAUGGCCAAACCGGAAGAGGUAAGGGUAGUUCUGCCCAGCUGGUGAUGUGUGCUGGUGAUUUUAUGGUGGUGAUGUUUAUAUGGUGCUGAUGGUUAUAUGUGCUUGAUGGUUAUAUGUGCUGAUGGUUAUAUGGUAGUUCCUCUUUGCAGCUGCUUCAUUGUUUCACUAUAACUUUGCAGUAUUUAUUAUUUAUUAUUAAAUUAGCCAGCCCUGAUGUAGACAGUAUAAUUUAGUGGUUUAGAUUUACAUUUGCAGAUACAUUAAUGGCUGUCAAUUUCUGUGCCGUACAGGUUCUUGUUGUUGAAAAUGAUCAGGGAGAAGUUGUACGAGAGUUUAUGAAAGAUACAGAUGCAAUCAACUUGUAUAAAAAUAUGAGAGAGACUUUAGGUAUUGACUAGUAUUUUUACCUAUGAAUGUCCAUACUACAGUACAAUUGUCUGCCAUUUAAUAGACAGAGUAAAAAGUAAAGGUAAAGUUCUGCACCCCACUGGGAUACCAGGAUUCAAAGUUCCAGUAUAUCCCAUCGUGUUUCCUACUUUUGGAUACUGGUUAAGGCUGGUCAAGAAGGCAGACUUGUAGUACUCAAAGAUAUUGGGAUACCACCAGAGUCAUUUAGCAACACUACAAUUUAGUUUGAAAUUUUGUAAUAUAUCCAGUCUGGAUAUAGUAGCUGGGAAAGUUUUUUCAAAUUACUAUUUCUAUAUUAAUUUUAACAGUAUAUUUGACACAUUUGGACUAUCAAGACACAGAAGCACAUAUGACUGAAAAACUUCAAGCUCAGGUUGAUGGUACUGAAUGGUCGUGGAAAAAUCUGAAUACGGUAGACAUUGACUGUCUUAUAUCUGCAUUGCUUCUUAUCUUGAAUCUCUCAAGAUACACAUAACCACAUCCAGACUGGCACUUUUCAGUUUGUGAAUGCAAAUCGCUAUGAAUGCCCUUCAAAGUUGAGCAGCACCAUGGAUAGUUUAAACUGACUGAUGUUUUUUUCCUAGUUAUGUUGGGCGAUUGGGUCCAUCAGUGGAGCAAUGCACGAGGAAGAUGAAAAGAGAUUUUUGGUCACAGUUAUCAAGGUACAGUAGAUGUAAUAUGUAACAGCUUUUUCUUACAAAAGUUGAAAAAUUAACUAUCCUGGAAUGGCGCUAACCAAUCUUUGUAGUGUAUGUGGAUUUUUUCUUAAGAUAUAUGCCUUUUCUUUUUAAAUGUGUUUUGUUUGUUUUAACAUGGUAUUGUUUUUAUGUAUUUUCUAAGGAUUUACUUGGUUUAUGUGAAAUCAAGCGAGGGAAAGAUAACAAGGCAAUCAUUGCUUCAAACAUUAUGUACAUUGUUGGACAGUAUCCUAGAUUCCUCAGGUAGGAACACUAAAUCACAACCAUCCAGUUCAUUAAUAGAGAGGUUCAGAUUUGACUUACAAACGUCUCACUGACUUAGUAAGCAUCUGAUUGGUUCAUCAGAUAUAUCAAAUGCAUCUGAUUGGUUCAUCGGAUAUAUCAAAUGCAUCUGAUUGGUUCAUCAGAUAUAUCAAAUGCAUCUGAUUGGUUCAUCAGAUAUAUCAAAUGCAUCUGAUUGGUUCAUCGGAUAUAUCAAAUGCAUCUGAUUGGUUCAUCAGGUAUAUCAAAUGCAUCUGAUUGGUUCAUCGGAUAUAUCAAAUGCAUCUGAUUGGUUCAUCGGAUAUAUCAAAUGCAUCUGAUUGGUUAAUGGUCCCUUAAUAGUAGCGGUACUGUAGUUGGAAGUAAAAUCUGAACCUCGCUAAUGUUUCUGGUAGACUGUUUAGUCAAAUUAGGCCUCAAUCAUAUAAGUAUAUCUGUGGUAAUAAUGUUAACGUUUGUAUAUUUUUCCAGAGCACAUUGGAAAUUCUUAAAAACUGUUGUCAAUAAACUAUUCGAAUUCAUGCACGGUAAAUGUAUUAUACAGUUUCGUGAUUAUUUUUUACGAAAAUGUGUUUAAAUUUUUCUCCAAAAUUCAUCCCACAUUUGUGUUGAUAAAUUCUUAGAAACUCACGACGGUGUUCAAGAUAUGGCCUGCGAUACGUUCAUCAAGAUAGCACAGAAAUGUCGACGACACUUUGUCCAGGUGAAUAUAAUGUUGAGCAUUGAAGAAUAGAGUAGAAUCCAAGAAUAGUGUGAUGGUAGAGUAGACUAAAGGCCCGUUCACACUUGCAAUUUUUGCUUCGAUUACUAGCGCGAUUUUCUUCUUCUGACGCAUGUGAAAGAGUGGAUAAGUAUGAAUGUUUUGAGUACAUGUUCCUUCAUCUGAGCAUUCAUAACUCAUCCACUCCUUCACAUCUAUCAGAAGGAGAAAUCGCACUAGAAAUCGCAGCAAAAAUUGCAAAUAAACGGGCCUUAACAAACCAGACUGCAUUAGGGAACAUUGCAACUUCAUGAGUUCAUGCGCACAUAGUUAAUUCGUAUUCUUAUCGAUUUUUAACUGGAAAAGAAAAAUGGUUAUUUUACAAAAGAAAUUGUCGUAAAUGGACAAAUCAGACAGGUGAGAACAGCACUUGCAAUGCCUUCAGUAUCAAGAUAGACCGAGAAUGGAUACCGUUUGCCGCGGUUAAACAUUGGUGGAUGAUGAUGCUCAACUUGUUGACAGUAGUCUGUAAAGGCUGGUCUUACACUAUCAAAGUUUCUGUGAUCACAGUAGGAAUUUUGCAUACAGGUAGGUGUAAAAUUCUAAGUUUUGAAGAAUUUGCAAGAAAAGUUUGAGGGAACUGAUUUAAUGUUAAACACCGAGUCACUUCCCUCAAACAUUUCUUAGAAACCCUUCAAAACUUAGAACUUACCUAUGCAAAAUUCCUACUGUGAUCACAGAAACUUUGAUAGUGUACGUAGAUUGAAAGCUUGUGGUUGCGCUAAUAAUGUAAAUUAGACUCUGGGUGUCUGCGCGUUCGUCAUAACUACUGUAUACGUAAGUUAUUGAUUGUAUGAUAGUAGCGUCACGCAAUACCGGUACAAUAAAUUAUAACCUACAAUAUCUCCAUAAAUCGUUCUUCAUUCACACUCUGUUGUGAGUCAAGCUGGUCUAAGAAAAUUUACAAUGUUUUCUUACUACGAUAACUGUCAGAUGACCAGCUUUACGAUAGUGCUUAAUAGUGAAACUCCUGUUUCAGUGAAGUUCCAUACAUAUGCUUCAAGGAUUUUUAAAAUUUUAUUCAGGUUCAAGUUGGAGAAGUGAUGCCAUUUAUUGAAGAAAUUCUCAACACAAUUCAAACUAUCAUAUGCGAUUUACAACCUCAACAGGUAAAUGCGAAUUGAAUGUUGCAAUUUUCUUCACAGGCCUAAGAAAAAAUAGCAAGUUGUAUAUUUUUAUCAUAAAAUACCAAAAAUGAGAAUGUUGUCUCUGUUUUUAGAUUCACACGUUCUACGAAGCUGUUGGGUACAUGAUAAGUGCACAAUCGGUAGGUAUGCUGUGGUUAUAUAGUCUUGGGGUGAGAGUGUUUUCAUCAUUCACACAUGUUUUCAUAAACAUUCAUCAUUCUUAGGAUUCAGUUGUACAAGAAAGAUUGAUUGAGAAAUACAUGUCGUUACCAAAUCACGUCUGGGAUAACAUUAUCAAGGAUGCAACCAAGGUAGGAAACUUGUCUGCUACAUGUUUACAGACCUACCAAGUCUCACGAUUUAAUCGUGAGACUCACGAUUUUUUAUGCUUUCUCACGAUUAAGUCCCCAAAUCUCACGAUUUUCGGCAAAAUCUCUGCUAAAACCACAAGUGAUUCCAAACACCCGUGGAAAAAAAGAAAUAUGCUAUUAUUUCGUGAGACUUGACACUGGAAGCUACUGAAGCCAUAAAGAUUAAAGAAAAAACAGCCUAUUUUUAAUAAGCCUUGCAUUACGGUUAUAUUAACAAAAUAUAAAUGCAUACUAUCCUAAGAUUGAAUAUCUAUUGAUUAUUUUCUAGUGUUGUUAAAGUUAACCCUGGUCAUAUUAAUGAGCAAUCCUGAAAAUUUCUAAGUCUCACGAUUUUUCAGCCAAUCUCACGACUUUUUAGAUAGCAAUUCACUAUUUUUGCUACUCUAUAGCCUGGUUUACACUAUUGGUUAUUGCCAAGUACGUCUUUUUAAUUAAACCAUGGAUAAUAAAAUAAGUGGAUAGGAAACUAGCUGACGUGACCCAAUGUUUUCAAUGGGCUGAUGGCGUGAUUGCAUGUUGAAACCUAGUUGCAAACCAAAUUCUCAAAAACGGCAUGUUUAGCAAUAAUACAGCUAAACAUUUUAGUCAAAGAGCAAAUAAAUAUAACUAUGCCAUUCUACGAUGAAAACUCUAAGUAUUUCCAGUCAAUUUUAGCAAAUAUUUCAAGCACUAUACAGUGAAAAAUGCAUCGCAAAUUUCGUUAAAAUUGGUGACGCCAAUUUCGUAGCUGCAAAUGUUAAAAAAUAGAAAAACAAAGACGAAAAACAUUUACCUUGAAUACUUUGUCGUGGCUUAGGCAUGUUUUUAAAACAAUUAGACCAGUUUAUGCUUCAAUAUUACUCUCUUAAAGCGGAAAAUAUAGCGAAACAACAAAAAUGCUGAGAACUUUGGUAUAUAUAUGCAAUACGCGUGACGUCACAGAUUGCAACUAGGUUUGGACUGUGACGUCAGGAAGUUUCCUAUCCAGUUAUUUUACAAUCCAUGAUUCAACAAAUGCGUGUGUGAUCUUUCAGAAUGUCGAUACAUUAAAGAACAUCGAAAUCGUGAAACAACUCAGCAACAUUUUAAAAACAAACGUCCACGGUUGCAAAGCGAUUGGUCAUCCGUUUGUCACGCAACUUGGUCGGAUAUACCUGGACAUGUUGAACGUUUAUCGAUGUUUGAGUGAAAACAUUUCCUCGGCUGUGGCGGCAAACGGACCCGUGGUUACCAAGCAACCACUGAUACGCGCAAUGCGUGGCGCGAAAACCGAGACGUUGCGCUUGAUCUCGACGUGGGUCGGUAGAUCUAGUGAUGCGAAACUCGUUUGUGAUAACUUCAUCCCGCCAUUGUUGGAAGCAGUCCUCGGAGACUAUCAGAGGAACUUGCCGGCAGCACGAGAACCGGAAGUACUCAAUACCAUGGCAACGCUGACGAAUAAACUCGGGGUAAGGAUGUCAUGUACAGCCUGUGUUUUGGGUGCUCUGCUUCAAAUUUGUCACUAGGUGUUAUUGCUGUAACAUUUGAUUCCCCUAAACGCGCAAAUGUUCUCCGGUUUCCUCCCUUAAGCCGGUUUUCCACUUCAAGCGUACCGUACCGAAACGUAUCAAAAACGUUUUUAAAUUUCAAAACUUAGAAUUUACCUGUGCAAAAUUCCUACUGUGAUCACAGAAACUUUGAUAGUGUAAACUAGCCAUAUAGAGCUGUUUUGUCAUUAGUGAUAAAAUUUGUGUUAAAAAUUUGUUUUUCUUAGCAUUUUGUCACGGAACAAGUACCACAAAUAUUGGAUGCCCUCUUCGGCUGUACGUUGGAAAUGAUCAACAAAGUAGGAAGUUAAAUAGUUUUCUGAAAGUAUUUCUGUAAUUGUUGCUUCUUGGUGUUCCUAAUUUUACUUUACUUUCUUAGGAUAUGGAGGAGUGGCCUGAGCAUCGAACGAAUUUCUUUCUCCUUCUUAAAGCCGUCGUGGAACAUUGUUUUUCUGGUACGAUCGCCAUUCCCUGUGUAACUCUUACUGUUUUUACAGUCGAUUUCGCAUAACGUUUCCCUAAAUGUUGCGAACUUCGUUCCCAACUUCGUUGCGAAGUUCAAAAGUUCAUAUUGAAAAUGAAAUUCACAAGCUGGAUUGUAAACAAAGCCUCUGAUUGGCCCCUGAACUAAAAGAAGCCAAUCAAAUACAUUGUUUACGAGACCAACGUUGUUGAACCGACAUUGUUGUCCUCACUAUAUGAGGGUAAUGUUGGUUGAUGUUGGACAGAGGUUUGACUUUGAAAUUUUCGUCCAACGUCGUCCAGCAUUAAGCCGCCCAUUUCCACUCAGGAAAUUUUCCACAGAAAGAAAAUUUAGUAAAAUGUGAUUGGCCGACACAAAUUUUCCGUCGGAAAAAAAUUUUGAAGUUGAAAAUUUUAACGAUGAUAUUUUCGGAAAAUUUUCUGUCCGUGUAAAAUUUUCUUGAGUGGAAAUGGACCUUUAGACAGGGUUCGUACAAAACUUGAAAGUCCUUGAAUGUCCUUGAAUUUGAAAACAAAAAUUCAAGGCCUUGAAUGUCCUUGAAUUUGUAAAGAAGUACUUGAAUGUCCUUGAAUUCUUCUUGCUUUAGUUUUUGGAUAUUUUCUGAAAUUGUUUGACAUUCAAGACGGACAUUUUGUUGAACUGAUUUUGCAUGUUCAUAUCUGACCUCAUUAUGAAGUUACGUUUUGAACAAUUCAACGUCAGAUUUUGCUGAUUUCUAACGCCUUCUUCAGUAUUAGUCCUUGAAUUUGUUGAUACAUGGCCUUGAAUGUCCUUGAAAAGUCCUUGAAUUUGACUCUUCCUGACAUGUACGAACCCUGUUUAGAGAGGUUCAGAUUUGACUUAUAAAGCUAGUGAGAGGUAGUGGUAGUCAAAUAUGAACCUCUCUAUUGUUGGACCAACAACGUUGGACGGCCUUAAUAAUUUUCGGUUUCAGUAAGCCUUACGGGACAGCAUUUGGUGAUCCAGUUCAGAAAUGCUAAAGGCUGCUUCACCAUAAUUCUCAAAGAAACGUACGUAUUGCCCUGUUGUUAAUAUUGGCUGUUUUCUUGCCUAGCUUUGUUAAAAAUCCCAGCAGAGCAGUUUAAACUGGUAUUGGAUUCCAUCGUUUGGGCGUUUAAACACACGAUGCGAAAUGUCGCGGAUACUGGUAAGUAAAUUUCGUCGUUACAAUUGGGGUGUACCGAAAUUAAUUGUCCAUGCCUAGUGCUGAAUGUAAACUUAAAGGUACACGAGCAUAGAAAUAUUUCUGUUUCUACACAUUCUAGGCUUGGAAAUUUUGUAUUCAUUGUUGAGAAGUGUGGAGAAGGCCGAGAGUUCCUCACAGAAUUUCUAUCAAACGUAUUACACUAUGAUCUUACAACAUAUAUUUUCUGUUGUUACCGAUACAUCACACACAGCAGGUAAAGCUUACGUUAAAGAUGUUUUGUGGAUAAAAGGUUAGAGCGAAUUAUAUAUUUUAGACCUAACCCGAAGCAGUUGGGAAAAAUGCAACUAAAUACAUCCGGUAGGAAUGCGUUCCUGCAUUUUCCUGCAUGCGAUUCCAGUGCAAGCGCUCUCGUCGCUGAUGUAUACAGUCCAGUUGCCAAGAGCAACCACAAGUUCAUGUAAUGGCUAGCAGUGAGCGAAUCAAUCUGCAAACUUUGGUAAAAGAGGAGGGAGGGCAUUGGGGGCAACGUAAAUAAAGUAAUAAACAGACUGCCUGUCAGGUUUGCGGCGCCCUUCUAAGACGUGUAUCUAAAUUGUGAAUUUAUUCCGUUUUCCACAGGUCUCAAUCACCAUGCAACGAUUCUCUCACACAUGUUUCAUUUACUGGAAGCUGGCAAGGUUGUUGCUCCUCUUUACGAUCCUGCUCAAUAUCCUGGCGUCACAAAUAACCAUGUAUGAGAUAUUCUACACAUUUUAAUCUUCCUUUGUACUUGAAAUUUUAUCCUAUAACAUGUUUGAAAUAAACGACAAACUAUUUCUUCAGGAAUACGUUCAUCAGUACGUCUCCAAUCUUUUGAAGCAAGCGUUUCCACAUUUACAACCGUAAGUAAAGCCUUGCCAGUUCUGAAACUUCUAAUAAAUACGUUAAACUUGUGUACUAUUAAUUUAAUACUAAUAUCGUUUAUUUCAGAGAUCAAGUUCGUAUAUUGGUUGAAGGUUUCUUCACGUUAAAUCAAGAUAUUCCCGCGUUCAAAGAACAUCUCAGGGACUUCCUGGUUCAAAUCAAGGUUAUUUUCUUCUUCUAAUUCGUCUCAGAGCCAUCGUUUUGUGGUAAAACGUAUUUAGGGUACAUAUAUCGGAGUUGAUAAAAGAUGAACGCGUAAAGACUGGUCUCUUAAGCCACACUAGGAAUUCUGUCGGUGAUUUUCCUCCUGGCAAAUGUGAUCGAAGGAAUGACAUGCAAAAGACGUAGAAUUGUUUACUUCUGAAAAGUGACUCUAUACUGUUGUCACUUUUAUGUGCGAGUUCACUCAUUUGCAUCCGUCAGAAACACAAAUCGCCGACAAAAUGGCUAGUGUAUGAACCUUGAACAAGCUGUGCUCACAACUUCAGACUAGAGCGACUUUGUAUUGGAUGGCUCUAUCAUUUCUAGAGAUCCAAUUUCUAGACAUCAUUUCUAGAGAUCCACAUUCAUUUUUUUCCGCAUUUAUUGUUCUCAACAUACAUCUUGCUCGUUCUAGGAAUUCCGUGACGAGGACACGACUGAUCUUUUCUUACUGGAACGUGAAACUGAACUGAAGAAAGCUCAAGAGGAAAAACGACAAAUCCAACUGACGGUACCAGGGAUAAUUAACCCUCAUGAUCUCCCGGAGGAAAUGCAAGAUUAGCUUGCCCCUCUCCCCACACCCACUUCCACGUUUUAUCACCACCUCAUCAUGCCCCCCUCGCGCACACCGCGGAGCGAGGGCAUGUUUUUGUAAAAAGCCGAGGUGAUUUACCAUUUUUAAACUGGUUUUAGCCAGAAACCACCAUAGAAAGUUAUUCUGUUUAAGGGUAUGGAAACUGUCCUACCCUACUACAAUGAAACCAGUACCAUGGCUCUGAUAGUUCAUGACGGGAUCACCGUUGCUAUAGAAAAUUAUGAUACCACUAGACCAGUGAUAUGAAAGAUACCCAGGAAAACACUGUUACCAUGGUAACGGUACCACUUAUACCAUAGAAACAUGUACCAACGGCCUGGCAAUGAAAGCACUAGGCGUUUGCUAGAAGAUUAUACCUAUUACCUCUAACCACCAUCGUUCAGACCAAGACCUAAUACUAACUCUAAAUUUAGCAUCUGUUUUCCUCUGGUAGUAAAAAUCCUGUUUUACUUUUCCUUGCGUUCUUUAAUCUAUCCCUAAAUUUCCUCUUGUGUUCCUCCUGUACUCUUUCAUGGAAAUUGAAGCUUUAGAGCAGCCAAGAACAAAAAGUAAAAAAGUAUUCUAGCUGAAUAUUAUUAUAUUUGCUGUAAAUACGAAUGCAUAUUUUUAGAAAAAUAAAAGAAUGGUAAGAUUAUAUAGUUCAAUCAGGUUUCGUCCAAUGUUGGAGCUCUGGCUAGUUUUACGCAUUACAACCAAAUUUGAUUCUCACACUCCAGAAGGCAAACUGGAAAUAUACUAAUGCUUUUUGUAUUACAACAUUUACAUAGUAAAGCCCAGGUCACACUACACAACGAUAACGAUACGAUAACUUGUAUACGCGCGCUGAUUGGUCAAAAAUUUAUCGUUAUCGUCCGACUGAAAAAAAAUCGCUCAGGUGAGCGAUUUUAAAAUCGUUAUCGUUAUCGUCUAACGAUAAUUUUAUCAUUUUCGUUGUUGUGUGGACACUAACACAAUUUUUUUGACAAUUAUCGCGUGUUUACAAUUUAUCGUAUCGUUAUCGUUGUGUAGUGUGACCGGGCCUUAAGCGAAAUUUUUCUAUAUGAUCAGAUACAGGAGUACUUGAUGUAUAGAUCAAUAAUCGCAUUUUUUGUGUAGCCGAUUGUUCUCUUGAAUAGGGUUGGGCGAUAUUUCGAUAUUUUGAUUUAUCGCGAUAUUUUCAAUCGCGAUUAUCGUAUCGAAGGUAGAAACUUGAGGGACGAUAUAUCGAAAUUAUCGUCAUGCUCAAUGACUAUCGUGAUAUUGUUUCGCAUGUGCAUAUAGCUGUUAUAUAAUCGUAAAAAGAUCAUUCAAUUGCUAGAAAAUAUAGUUUUUAAAAGAAUUAAAACUAUUUCCUGAAUUAAAUACGAAUUUAAUACGAUACAAAAGCUAACUGAUAUUUAUGUAUUAAUCUGCUGAUUGCCUGCGCUGUGUGCCCACGGCAUUGUGCCAGCGGCGACACAGUAGACACCAUUGAACUAGACACUGCAUGGACAGUUAUUAUAUUAAUAGACUAAAAAAGCCUUCAUAUUAUCUUAUAUGUAAGCUUACUAUGCUUUGAUACUAAUUAAAAUUGAAAAAAUGUGGUCAUUGUUUUUGUUGCAUUUAUCGCGAUAUUAUCGAAUAUCGUGAUAAUUUCCUUGACAAUAAUCGUGAGAUGAUUUUUUUAAUAUCGCCCAACCCUACUCUUGAAACAGUUCUCCACGCGAAGCGAAACCUGGUCGAAUCGUGGUCGAAACGGAGAAAAGUAAUUCGAAAUGAAAAGAAGAUAAUCCCGUGUUGACAAAUACAAGGAAAGCUUGUCCUGUCUUUAUUUACGUGUUUUAUUCAGCGCUCUGUGGCAACGAUUCUACCCAGUAACAAUCUGUAACACAGACGUGAGGAAAGGCAUGUACAGCAAAUUAUCCAUAGCAACGAAAUAUAGCUAAUUCAGAAUGUCGACUGGACAUUCAUAUUUCGUCUGCUGUGUGAAGCAAAAUAAUGAAAGCCAGUGGCGUGCUGGCAGGGGGGGCCGGGGGGCCACGGCCCCCCCAGCUGGCAAUUUUUGGGGGGCGCAAAAAUGAAAAGGGGGCGCCGAUCCCGCGCCGAAUUUUGAAAGUAGGUGGGAAGAAACGCAUUCGAAAAAAUAUAGUUGCUAAUUCCGCCAAGGAAAGAUGUGUUUAUUGACUUAUAAACAGACUAAGCGCAUAGGCGACAAAGUGAGUAUAUUAAAUUGCAGACUAUUUUGUCUAACCGUAUUUGCUACCUAACGACUCACACGAAAUCACUCGUUCAUAUAGAAACAUGAUCAGUAAUCACACGCAGUGUGAUCUUACCGGAAUAUUGAUCAGGCUUCGAAGCGAUCACGGGAAUUAUGCUCUUUUUUGCUGGUAUUAUACCCUUAUAUUAUGCCCUUUAUUAUGCUUCACGAAUCACGAGAGCGGCGCAAAUUAGAUAGUUGAAGUUAUGACAAUGUAAAGUUGUGCAUACAAUUUAGUUGUUUGCGCAAGAAACAUUAUGAGUAAUGUAAGUAAUCAGAUAAUGAUGAAACACGCCCUUUUGGCAGCCAGGCAAGGAAACCUUAAAAUGCAUAUGCGUGGGGUCCGUGUGUUAUUGUAUAAAAGAGCUGUAAGUUGUAAAUGUAUUCAGAUCAGUAGAGAAUAAAAUUGGGAUUAGAUUAAUUGCUGGAAGUAGUUAGCAUUGCCCAAUUUAAUAGUGCUGCUACUAAAUUCUAACCAAUUUUCAAAUUUCGACACGUUGUAAUGCCGUUUCCUGACCAUCAGAUUUCUGUCAAAUCUUCCCCCAAAGUCCAGGAAAUGGCAUUUCAGAGACUCUAGAUUCAAAAAUUUUCCUGGGGGGCAUGCCCCCGGACCCCCCUAGAACAACCUCGCACCUGCGGCGCUCGGCUCGUGCCUUC